CUUUAAAAUCAUCUGCUUCAAACUGAAAGUAGGCUCUAUCCAACAUUUUCCUUCCCUGAAAGAAUGGUAAAUAAAAGAAAUGACUUCAACUGAAUAAAGAAGUCUUCCACUAAACGAGAGAAUGGAAAAGAUUGGUGAAGAGAAACACAUUCAUCAAAAGUCUACACCCCCCGAUGACGGCAAUGAUUCUAUAGACGACACGUCUCCUCUGAUUUCGUUGUCAUCAGACCGGUCAGAAUCGAUGGGGUGGGAUGCGAUAGAAGAGUGUGCUGGAGUGACUUUUUCUGUGUCUGCGAUGGGGGGAACAGAGAGACAAAGAAGACUAAAGAUCUCUGAGGCAUCGACAACAGAGGAGUGGAUCCAACAGACGGUGUCUGCAAUGCCACCAUGUGAUAUUUGCGAUGUCUGUGAAAAGAGUUAUCCGCAUCACGAGUCCAUAGAGUUCUGGAGGAGUAUUGACGAGUGUUCAGAUCUUCGUACACGAUGUCACAAAAAGUUCUAUAAAAGACUUAUCCAGAGAUUUCGGGAGGUUUUUCCGGAAGAGGCAGCUUUACGAAACAGUCGGACAAUGAAUCUUCUGAAAAACCUACUUCACAUAGAGGGAACAGAUGACACAGUUGAGGUUUAUUUUGACAAAUUUGUCAGAGUCCUUAAAUUUUUUGGACCAGUGAAGCUUUCUGGACAGCGAUGUAUUCUUCUAGAACAAUUGCAGCUUUUAAUAGAUAAAUCAUUGAGAUACAAUAAACAAAGAAAAGAGAAAAUAAGUUGGUUUGCUGGUGAUAUGACUAGACAACAAGCAGAAAGCAAAUUAAAUUCAGAACCUGGUGGUACCUAUCUUAUCAGGAUGAGUCAAAACAACUCAGAACAUGGAGAUUUUGUUCUGUCUGUAAAACAGGGUGAUGCUAUCCAUCAUAUUGAGAUCAAAGGACAACCUUUGAAAGCCUUUGAUCAACAACCCUUUUCCAGUUGUUUGAUAUUCAAGGAGAAAGAAUACUCUUCACUUAUAGACCUAGUUGAGGACCUGAAAUAUGACUCGAUAACGAUCACUGGGGAGGAGGAUGAAACAGAGGUAACAGAGUUGUGGUGCACUACCAUCUGUCCGGGACUUCCACUUAAUUCCGCCAUUACCGGGUACAAGAGAACAAAGGCAAAGCAAUAGGGGCCGUUGUUGUUUUAAUGUACUGUUGACUAUAUAAAUAUUGCACUUUGUUUUAUUUGCUCUUGAUAAAAUGUUCUCGUUUUUUUAUGAAUUGAUCUCUUUUUUAUGCAGUGAAAAGAAAUGUCUCAAUAAUUUCCAAACAGCCCUCGUUAUGUGUUUUCACGAUAAGUUGUCCGGUAAUCUUUGAAUUAUCAAGAAGAAGGUUCAAAACAUUUUUUCAUUUAGGAGCCUCAACAUAAUGAUUCUCUGUAAGUAAAAUAUACAAAAGCAAUUGAAUGAUACAUUCCUAAUGGUACUUAUAAAACUGAA